CCGUUGCCGUGGCUACCGCGCCACUCCGCCUUGGCCUCCGGCCCGUCCCUCGCUCUGACGCCGUCAAAUCGAUGCCCGCGGCUUCUGGGAUGGGACGCCCCGUUUUCAACCGCCGUCGCCCGGCCGGAGUUUGCGGCCGGCCUUGACCGCGUUCAGGGAGGCAGGCAGGCAGGCAUGCUGCACCCCAGCGGGUUCGUGAGGGCGGGAGAAGUGACUCGGGGUCGGCCGACGCCGCGGCGCCCGUCGUCGUGACUCGAAGUCCUCCUCCCCGUCCGCCUCCCCGUCGACCCGGAGGAUGAAGAAGGUGAAGAAAAUCCUGGGGCUGGGGAGGAAGAAGAACGGGCGGCAGUCUCCGUUGCGGAGCCGCGUCGUGGCUUGCGCCUCAGCCCCGGGCGCUCUCCUCUGCAGCGGCAGCGGCGGCGACGGCUACGCCUCGCAGAACAAGGAGCUGAGUAAGCUGCACCGGGCGGCGGCCGAAGGAGACCUCGGGGAACUCCGGCACCUCCUGCAGAAGCACGACCUCAACGAACAGGACCAAGCUGGCAGAACACCUUUGCAUUUUGCCUGUGCUAAUGGAUAUACAGACAUUGUUACUUUCUUGGUGGACAACAAAUGCCAACUAGAUAUCUGUGAUAAAGAGAAGAGAUCUCCAUUAAUGAAGGCGGUGGAAUGCCAGCAAGAAUUCUGUGCAAUUUAUCUGCUUGAACAUGGAGCAGAUCCUAAUCUGAAGGACAUAGACAACAACACUGCCCUCCACUUUGCUGCCUGUAAUUCUAAUGUAUCUCUAGCAAAAUACCUGAUUGAAAAGAAAGCUGACAUUGAAGCACAAAAUAAGGAUGGAUGCACACCGUUAAUCGUUGCUGUGGCUGAAAAUAAUCGAGAGAUGGUAGAGUUUCUUCUUCAACAAAAAGCAUCUGUGCACGCCACAGAUAAAUUGGGAAGAAUUCCACUAUUGAUUGCUGCUUCUAAUAAAAAACGUGACUUGACACAUGUUCUCCUCCUUCAUGGAUCGAAUGUUGCCCAUAGAGAUAAAAGUGGAUGGUCAGCAAAAGAUUAUGCUAUGAUUAGUGAUGAUUCCAUCCUUAAGCAGUAUGUUGCUAAAUAUUCCAACCAGAAAAAUAGAGAAGAGGGCUCAUUGGAUGGUCAAAAAGUUCUGUCUAUAUUAAGCAGUCCAGAAAAAGAUGGAGAUACUGGUAUUAUACUUGGUGCUCCUGCUAAAAAUAAAGAAGUUUUUGAUAACCUCUCUUCUGGAGAUUCUAUCAGCAAUUCUGAAAAAACAGAUGAUGAUAGCUGGCUUUCUUCAGAAGAGGAGGAACUAGGCUCCAGCCCCAAGAAACCAGAAAAACCAAGUUUGGCUCAGCUAAUGAAAGUUCCAUGGGACUUCUUGAAAAAAUUAGAUGAGAAAGAUUGCACUAUCCGAACAGAAUCCUUAGGCAGUUCACAGCAAAAUAAAGCAAAUUAUGAUUUUGAAGAAUGCAAUGAAUCCCUUCCUAAGCCUUUGUUCCAAGUCAAAACCUUCCCUCAUUCUGUCCAUUCCUCACCUGGCUCCUUUUCCAAAUGUUCCCAGAGAACAUUGCAUUCUAAACAGGAGAAACCUUCAAAAGAUGAAGAAGGUGGUGAACAGGAUUUUGCCAAUAAAAAAAGUAUUGUUUGUAGGCAGUCUUCGAAUAUCUCACCAAAAGCUAAAUCAGCUUUGGGCGAGGACAAAGAUGAAGAGAAGUAUACAGAAUCUCCAUGGGAUUCAGAAUGCACAUCAGAAAGCCCCAGGAAGCCAACUGUUAGUUCUUUGCCUACAUCUCCUGCCAAAACUGGAAUACACAUGCACAGUAUUAUACAAGAACCAUUUAAUGGAAAAGCAAGUUUGCAGCAAAAGGUCACAAAAGAAAACUUGGUGUGUGAAUCUCCAGCUGCUGUUUUAAAGAAGGCAAUCGUAGAAAAGCAAAAAUCAGAUUUAAUGGAAGAACUUGGUUUGGAUGAAGCAGAUGAUAUUGAAGAUCCAUCUGACUGGGAUUCUACCAGUAUUUCUCUUAAAAGCACUCCAUGUGUUAAACCAGCUGACACCUUUAUGUUGGAAGAUAAUGUAUCUCCACAACGAUUGCUAGAAACAAAUGUUACACCUGAAAUCUCCAUGCCUGUGAAGGAAGACUCAGAUACUCAAAACAUAAUGUCUUCAAAAGGGCAGCAAUAUAUUGAACACAAAACCAUAAAAGAAUUUAAAAGUAAAAGCAAGGAAAAAUGCCUGUUAAACACAUCCAGCUCUGUAGAAAAAUCAGCACAUGAAAAACAGACUGACAAGACUGAAAUUGAGUAUGCUGAUAAUGAAAAUGUAACUGAAGCACUCAUGCAUAGCAGAGAAGCACAUAAUGACUGCAAUCAUUUUGAUUCAAUACACUGGGAAGAAAAAUACGAAAAAAUGUGGGUUGCAAAUGAAAAAAAGGAAGUCAAGGCAAAUUUUAAGAGUAUUACAGCAGAACUAAAACAGAUGUUUGGUGAAAUUAAAGUUUAUGAGAAAAUGAGUAGCAUUCCAAGCAAAGUAACAUCACAAGAUGGCUUCUGCGGUGCCGUAGAAGGCAUAAAAGAAACAUCACUUCACCUACAAAACAUAAAAGUGGAUAUUCAAGGAAAGGAUGACAUUAAAGAUACAAGAUCUGUUGUUGCAGAAAGAGAAUUAAAUACCGAUGACUGGAACAAGAACCCACUGUCUAAUAAUGCAAAUGGAACAAAAGUAAACAUCAGUGAAGAAAGGAGUAACAAUUCAAUUAUACAACUGAAAGCAAAUGUAGGUGGAACUAGAACUGCAGAAAAAUGCCUUGAAUAUUCAUUGCAAAGUCAUGGAGACAUUACCAAAGAUACUCUAGAUGCUAAUCAACCAAUUACCCCCAACAACUUAUAUAAAUAUAUUAGUGUUACAAAAAAUCCAAGUGGAGAAACUGAGUACCAUUUUAAUAACAGUAUCGAUAGUUCCAAAGGUACUGAUACUGACAUUGGAAAUAAAAUGAAAAAUCAUAAACAAGUAUGUCCUCCAAUAUCCAAAAAAGAUCUGGAUGAAGAAUUAGAAGGUGAUGUUGCAAGAUUUAAAAAUCAGGUAGGAAUACUGCAUUCGGCUUUCCUCGCUUUGGAGAAAGAAAAGAACCAACUGCAAAAAGAGAUUGAAGAGGAAAAAAUAAAAAAGGAAUUGGAAACUGAAGGAAAAAAAUUUGCUAAUACUGAAAUGUUGGCUGUGAAUAAUGAUGAGAAGAUAGAGCAAAAGCAUUCAAUAAGUGAAAUCCAGCAUACUACAAUAAAAAGUGUUUUCCCAGAAGAUAAAAAGGAAAUAAUUUGUCCAGGCUUAAAAACUACAAGAAAAAGUGAAAAUAAAAGACGGACUUCUAAACAGAAGGUCAAUCAACAGUUUUGUAAUAAUCUACAUGAGCCACAAGAUGAGAGCAGUUUGAGUGAAGCAUCACUUGAAGAAAGAUAUCCAGCCAAAUCUGUGAAUAGAAAAAAUAAGCUUUAUAGAACAUUGAGUAUUACUAAUGAUCUGGAUGACUUAACUCCAUCUUCAGAUUCAACUACCGAGGAUAUUGAGUCACUUUCUUCCAUUUACAAGGAAGCUAUAGUGCUGAUAGAAGAACUUAGUUUAGAUUGUAAAGCAGAUUCUGUAAAUCUCUUGAAAGUUCAGAAUAUAUUUCAUGGAUAUGAACGACUAAUUGAACAUGAGAAGGGGCGUUAUACUCAAUUGCUUGAAAAAGUAAAAAAAUUUGAAAAUCAGAGGAAUGAAUGGCAAAAAAAUCUGGAAGACUUGAAAGAUAUGAAAUCUAUAUUGGAUCAUCAAAAAGUACAAUAUGAAAGUGAAAUCACCAAUCUGAAAUUUUGUCUGAAACAAGAGGAAGAAAAAAGAAUGGGAGCUGAUAUACUACAUGAGAAAAAUCAAGAACAGUUAAGGAAGAAAGAUGAGCAGUACUGUAUGCAGAUGGAAGAAAAACAACAGCUUGAAUUGAUGUUGAGAAGCAAAGAAAUGGAGUUAAAAACACUAACAAACCAUCUGAAACAGGUUGAAGAAGAACGUAAUGAAACACAGAGACAACUUUGUCAAGAACAAAAUGCCAGAGCCAUACAAGAGGAUAUUUUAAAUACCCACUUCUGGAGGCAGAAGGAAUUGGAAGAAGAAUCAAAAAAAGUAGCAACCAAACAGUCAGAGAUGAGUCAACUGCCUGCCGGCUUUCUACAGUCAAGUUCAUUGGGGAAGCCAGCAGAAAGUUGCAUGCCCCAGGAACUGCCAAGUGAGGAUGGAAUCAUUGAUAACCAUGACCAUGAAAAAGAAUUAUCACACCGAAAUCAAAUACUCCAAGAUGAACUUGCUGUAUUAAAAUUAGAACUUGAUCGCAUCAGGAUUCAGCAUCAGGAGGUUGAAAGCAAAUAUUUGGAAGAGAAUGAAAGUUUGAAAGAAAAAAAUGAAGAACUUAAAAAAGAACUGAAGCUAAAUGAAGAUGCUUUGACUCAAACAGUUUUUCAAUAUAAUGGACAAAUAAAUGUCUCAAAAACUGAGGUUGCAAUGGUAGCAUCCAAAUUAGAACAUUUCAAGGAAAAUAAAGAAAGAUUGGAAAUAGAACUUGAUUCACUACGCUCUCAUUUAAAUUCUGCUCUUCAGGAACUUGAUCGUUGUCAGGUAUCAAAAAGUGACCUUGAACGAUUGCUUCAGCGAGAGAGGGAAGAAUGGCUCCGCUUAAAAGACAAAUUGAACCACGAUGUGUGCACUAUGCGAGAAACCAACAGUGGCUUGUCUCAACAGUUAGGGAAAGCUGAAAGUAAAGCUAAUAGUCUAGAAAAUGAGCUUCACCAUGCAACUCUCAGUAUCCGGGAAAAGAACUUGCUGUUAGAUAGUAUUCAAAGAGAUCUAAACCAGUCACAGUGCCAAGUGAAAGAACUUGAAAAUGCACAACAAGUUGCAAAGGAUCAAAUAAGCAAAUAUGUAAUAAAACAGGAAUCUAUGCAAGAACGCUUAGGACAGGUCCAGAGUGAAAAUCUCUUACUUCGACAACAGCUUGAAGAUUUUCAGAACAAGGGCAUUAUCAAAGAAAAAGCAGUGACUGAUGUUCAAGAUAAAUUCAGCGAUAUUUUUAAUAAGCUCAGAGCUGAUACUGAAAAGCAAGUUCAGAUGAUGGAAGAGAGAAAUAAAGAAUUAAUCACAAAAUGUAAUAAUUUAAAGGACCAAGUCAUUAAAUAUGAAUCUGAGAAAAUAGACAGAGAGAGUACAAUAAGGCAAUUGCAGCAAGAACUUGCAGAUUCCCUCAAAAAGCAAUCCAUGACAGAAGCUUCACUGGAAGUUUCAACACGUUAUCGUAUUGACUUAGAGGAGGAUAAACAGCAACUUCUGAAGGAAAUAGAAAGGAUAAAAUGUAAGUUGCAAGAUUCAGAAGUUCAGACUAUCCAGUGUGAAAGAUCUACUCAUGAAUUAAGACAUGCUUUGGACAUUAAGGAACGUGAAGCAAGUGCAUCAGCUCAGAAACUACAGGAUCUUCUGGUAGCAUCAUCAGGAACAAAUAAUACUAUAAAACAAUUAGAAGAGCACAUACAGAGACUUGAAAUAGAAAAUGCCAGAUUGGAAGCUACAACAAACCAGCAAAGUAACAGAAUUGAGAUACUUCAAAAAGACCUACAGGAUAGUGUUUCUGUUCAUAAUCGUCUUGAGGAAUUGAUAACCAGCUUACAGACAGCAAAAAUCAGUCUAGAGGAACAACUAAACCACCAGGUUCAGAAGGAGAGUAUGCUUUCAGUAACUGCACAAGAUGCUCAGAAUUUGUGGGAAGAAGAACUGAAAUUAAAAUCAAAACUUGGGAUUCGCCUUUCUGAGCUUGAUAAGGAAAAGACAGAACUAAUAUCUCAGUUUGAGAAUGAAAAGAAAAAAGUGAAGAAGGUCCUAGAAUUAAAACGAUCAGUGGAAAUGCGACUAGAUCAAGAAAUGAAAAGGAACAAUGAAUUACAAAAAGAAUAUCAUGGUAUAAAAAAACUUCUAAAAAUAACCAAAAAGAAGUUAAAAGGUUAUGAGAGUGGAGAAAGUUCAUCUCAAAUAAGCUUACAUGGAGAAAUAAAGAAUAAAUAUUCAGAAAUCGACACUGAAGUUGGAAAACUAAGAAAAAGGGUUGAUGAAUUAUCUCGCCAUUUGGAGGUUGAGUCAACAAGAAGUACCCAGCUGGAAUCUGCCAAUUGUGAACUGCGUGAACAAUUAGCAUCUAUGAAGAUACUCCAUAAGAAUCAUGAAAAAUUAGAAAAAAGCAAAUUGCAACUAGAAGAAGAAGUAAUUAAUCUCAAACGCCAAGUACAGAGUAACUUAAUAGAUCUUAGCCAAGUGGAACAAUACAAGAGAGACAUUGAAGAACGAGCUAAACAAGAGAUAAGACAAAAACUGGAAGAAGUCAAUUUCUUUUUGCAGACACAGGCUGCUUCUCAAGAAACCUUGGAACAGAUAAGAGCUACCAGUAAUGCUUCUUUGAGAAAUCAAUUGGAGAACAGAAUUAAAGAAUUAGAAUCAGAGUUGGCCAAAUUUAAAAACAACCAGCAAGAUAGCAUAUUACAAAAAGAAUCUACCCAUACAGAAUUGGAAAGAUAUAAAGGAUUGUAUUCAGAAGAAAUAAAAAUUCGGAAAUCUUUGGAGAGCAAAUUGGAUCGAGCGAAUGUGAAAUUAGCAGAAGCCAACACUCAACUCUAUCAAGAGCGUCACAAAAACAAGUCUUUACUUGCCAACGGCUUUGUAAGUGGAAGCCUUUCUUCAAGUCCUGUCCUGGAAACAGUUCAGAUGGGAAAUCUUGGCAACCCUUUAGCAUUAAAUAAAUCUUUUAACCUUGGAGGAGGAUUCCUGAACACAAAUGGAACUUCAUUAGCCUCAAAAAACAGAGUGGAAGCUUACUUAGCAAAGAAACCUGUAAAGAGAGACAGAGAAGGUAAAGAAAAACUAGACAUGAGUGAGGAAGAAACUGGAAGUGGAAGGAGGCAGAAUGAGAAUAAGGCAUGUAAAGAGGGAGAAAGAAAGCAAGUAGAUGCAGAUGGAAUUAGAAAAAAGUAUCACAAAAGAACUGGACCAAGCUAAAGCUGAACUUGAUGCUGGAUCAGUUAGAAUCUCCCCUGUAGGAUCAGUUGAUGGAUCUUC